AUAUUUUAUUUAGAAAACUUUUAUUUCACAUAAGUGGUCAAACAACAAUAAAACACGCAGUUAUUUCACCCAGUAUUGAUUAAACCUCCCCCGUAGGAUAGAAAAUGGUGUGUGCCGCAGCGGUUCCAAUGUGUCAUUACGUGCGUACGACAAACAAUGUUUGAAUGUUUAAAUGAGUACCUUUUUAAUACAUUUUUUCCACCAAAGGCUUUACAUUAGCUUUAAAGUACAUUUGAAAUGUUAAUUUGUCAACUAUAGUGGCUGACGGAGCCACUCGAACUAUAAAAAUAAAAACACUCCCCCCCCCCUUACAUAGCUAAUGGUUCUUUCCAUCGAAUCUGCAGAAACCAGCUGCAUCUUCCAUCCAGUUAGCGACAUCUGUUUGGCGAAAGUGCGCUGUGUUGCAAUUGAGCAUUUUAAACUCGUUUUAACUCCACAACCACUCGAAAUUUAGUAACGAAAGACAAUUGAACGUCACUCCUGGUUUUAGUGGGAUUACUCCACAGUCGCGACAUGGCUGCCGUCGCUUUUUGAAAAGUUUAUCACCGACGUGGGAGAAGUUUUCUAUUUUUUUAUGUGGAAGCUAGCUUGCCCGGAGGUGGAUGCUAACUCGCCUCUCCUGCAGCCUGACACGGCGCUACUGGACCGAGCGAGCCGUGGAGGAACCGUGUGGAUGCCUCCCGUACAUCUUUUGUCACCAGCGACCUUCUCUGCGGCGGACUUUUAAAUUUUAGUCUUUUUACUUCUUCACAACUGUGGCGCCUUGAGCCUCGUUAGCCGAGGUGGCGUUCAGGUACUGCUCAACAUGCAUUUUUCCAUACCCGAAACUGAGGUUCGUUCGGGGGAAAAUGGAUCUACCUAUGUGGCUUACAACAUCCACGUCAAUGGCGUUCUGCACUGUCGGGUUCGCUACAGUCAACUCCUCGGGCUUCACGAGCAGAUAAAAAAGGAAUACGGCAGCAACGUGGUGCCCUCCUUCCCCCCGAAGAAGAUCUUCACGCUGACCUUGGCUGAGGUGGAGCAAAGGCGGGAGUUGCUGGAGAAGUACAUGCAAGCGGUGCGCCAGGACCCGCUGCUCGGAGCUAGCGAGGUGUUCAACAGCUUCCUAAGAAAAGCACAGCAGGAAACUCAACAGAUUCCCACGGCGGAAGUUGCUUUAGAUAUCUGCCUAUCCAACGGUCAGAAGGUGACGGUCAACAUUCUCAGCUCCGAUCAGACAGAAGACGUUCUGGAUGUCGUCGCAACCAAACUGGAUCUCCCCGAAGACCUCGUGGCCUACUUUAGUCUCUUUCUCGUCCGUGAAGGAGAAGAGGGAGGUCUUACAUUUGUCCGGAAACUUCAAGAGUUUGAGCUGCCUUACGUGUCCAUCACCAGCCUACACAGCUCAGAAUAUCACAUCCUCUUACGGAAAAGCUACUGGGACAUGGUGUAUGAUGGUGACGUGAUGGACAACCGAGUUGGACUGAAUUUGCUUUACGCCCAGACGGUGUCCGACAUCGAGCGAGGUUGGAUGCUCGUCAACAAAGACCAACACCGGCAGCUCAAGUCCUUGCAGGAGAAAGGCUCUAAGAAAGAAUUCAUCCACUUGGGCCAGACGCUGAAGUAUUACGGCUACAUAAAGUUCGACCCGUGCGCCACCGACUUCCCCGAGAAGGGCUGCCAGGUGAUCGUCGGCGCCGGCAACAACGAGCUCAACUUUCACGUCAAGCUGCCCAAUGAGCAGAUGAAGGAGGGCAGCUUCAAGGUCACGCGCAUGCGCUGCUGGAGAGUCACGUCCUCGCAAGUCCCGAUAGCCAACGGCACCAGCAACCCGUGCGGGUCCAACAAAUGCGACGUCAAACUGGAGCUGGCCUUCGAGUACCUGAUGAGCAAGGACCGUCUGCGGUGGGUCACCAUCACUAGCCAGCAGGCUAUCAUGAUGAGUAUUUGUCUUCAGUCGAUGGUGGACGAGUUGAUGGUGAAGAAGUCGGGAGGCAGCAUUAAGAAGAUGUCAAAAAAACGACACAAUGGCUCCACGCAGCGGCCCGACUGUCAGCAAUCUGUGAAAUCCCCCCCUCUGCUGGACUCUCCUGACCAGAACCGCGAGCAAAUCAUCAAACUCUCGACCAAGCUGAGUUCCGUGUCCCUACGAGGGAUCAGCGCCUCCAACUCCUCCAACGACAUCAGCGGCGGCGAUUUCCACGGCAACUACGCUUUCGAGGGCAUCGGCGACGACGACCUGUAGCCCCUCCCUUUCCCGCCCCCUCAACCAUCACAACACAUAGUCCUGUCUUACCGCUGCAGGGUUUGUAGCAACCAGCCCCAACAAGUUUAUUUUUAUUUUCUUAUCAUGUUGCAAUGCUGCAAGUCAGUCAGUUCACGCGAGCGUUCGAGCGACCAGUCACUAGUGAGAGCGUAAGAGUAUUCACGGAGAAAAAAAUUAAAAAUGAAUGUACAGAUAUGUACGUACGUGCCAAAUCAACUGUUAGUGACUUGCAGCUAUGUAUGUACGCUAACUGGACACAACGUUAGGUACGCAGCAGGUUUCAGUGCCAUGGGCCGCGAUAGACGUCCAAUCCAUAAGGACUAGGAGAGGCUCGAUUCCAGUCCAAAUAACAUUUUGAAUGAAAUAAUGUAAUUUUUCUUUGAAUAACCACCACAGCGCAUUCUCUGUGAGUACUAUACAUAUUCCUGAGCUGGGAGUGAAUGCGUCGAUAAAACCUGGAGGCCCACCAGGUAUAUAAAAUACAAUUUAGCUUUUUAAGAGGCGCCUUGAGAUAUGAGUUAAGUCCAGUAAAAUUACGUAUUUUAAGACACGAGUCAGACUUGAUUUUUAAUCACCUUCAUGCUAUCAUGUAAGAUGUCAAAUUUAAGAUGAAUUUUAGCAAGAAAGCCCAUAAACAGUUUGAAGAAGACAUGUUAACAAAGCACAUGGAUUACUGGAACCAUGUCAUAUGGUCUGAUGAGACGGGCGGGCUUUCUUGUGUACCGUUUUCAGAAGAGGCUUCCUCCUGGGGUGACAGCCAUGAUCACCAAUUUGAAGUAUGGUCUGAGCAGUAACAGGCUGACCCCCCACCUCUUCAAUCUCUGCAGCAAUGCUGACAGCACUCCUGUAACGAGUCGCAUGACAUUUUGGAGGGAAAAUGACAAGCAGUACUCAAUUUGGACAUUUAGGGUUGUACGUUUUUUCAAAGAGGUCUACUCACUUUUGUUGCCAGGGGUUUAGGGGUCUAUAUUUUGAGGGGAAAAUGAAUUAACGCUAUAAUAUAAGAUGCACACAGACUACUUUUCAUUGUGUCAAAGUGUAAUUUUGUCAGUGUUGUCGCAUGAAAAGAUGUACUUAAAUAUCUGCAGAAAUGCAAUGGGUGUUCUCACUUUUGUGAUACACUGUAGUAGGGCUGCAGCUAUCGAAUUUUUUAGUAAUCUAGUAUUUGACUGAAAAUUCUAUCGAUUGAUCAAGUAAUCGGAUAAAACUUUUUUUUUUUUUUUUUUAAGGUAAGGAGCGAUGAUAAAUAUACAUGAGAAAACGACAUUUCAUCUAAUAUUGAACCGUUUUCAGUCAAUCAAUGUCUUUAUUUUCGAUGUACAUUGUUGAAAACAGCCAACAAUUGCAUCUCAGAAGUGACUGGAAAAAAAAACUUUUUUACUGUUUUCACUCAAAAACUUCUCGAUCUUAUAGAAAGAAAAAAAAAUGUUCUUACCUAAAAAAAUUCAUUACGAUUGAUAACACACUAGGGCUGCAGCUAUCGAUUAUUUUAGUAGUCGAUUAAUCGAUGAACUAGUUCGUUCGAAUAAUGGAGUAAUCGGAUAAACAUGAAAAAAUUUAAAUUCCUGAGCUGGGCCUCAAACGGUAUAAAAAAAUAAUAAUGAAAAGGAUCUACAUAUGUACAACAUUAGAAGAAUUGGCUAACUUACAUAGCAAAAGUCCACUAGCUUAAAUGCAAUGAAAAACUAACCUUUUUUUUUUUUUUUUACAAUGCUCUUAACGAAUGGUUCAGAUAAAUAUUCCCACAAAAAUUGGCUAAAUAUACCUUUAAACUAAAUUACGAAUGCAUUAAAAAACAUUAGCUCAAACAAAAACCUAGCUUAUGUUGGUCUUAACAGGGAGCAGCUGGAUUUGGCCAUGUAAAAUGAGGCAGACUAGAGGGCAGUGUAUCCACCAAAAUCAAUUAAACUAAAUGCAAACACUUUAAAAAACAAACCAUUACAACGCCACUUUAAUUAAACGAAUAUUCCAAGCAGCAAAAUUUAAUUCGAAUCUUUUUUCUAAUCGAAUACUCGAGUUAAUCGAUUAAUCGUUGCAGCACUACACUGUAGCUUACUCACUUCCUUGUCCGUCCAAUGGUCCCACGCUUGUUUUGCCCAUUCUUCGCGGUGAACAGGAUCUUUUUGAAAUCCAAAAAGGCUCACACCACUCAACCUGGUGUAGCAACAAAUGCCUGCAACACACUGGGUUGGCGUGACGUGAAAAAUAAACCAAUUAAUCCGCAAAAUCAGCUGAAUCCGCAGUACUUUUCCAUACAAAAGUAUGGCUAUGUGGUGAAGAUGAUCUUAUUCUCUGACGUCACAUCCGCCUACUAUGUCAACCCUAGACUCUGGCCGGAAGUCAGUCAUUUUCAUGGUGCGGGAUUCAAAAAGUUGAAUGAAUAUAUCGAUCGCUUCCACACACAUCCAAGCGGUCCAUUUCAUUCAGGAGAAUGAAAUACUGGGUCAUGUGAAAUAAACAUGCUUUCUUGUGUUAUAUGCACUUUAAUGCGUCUCAAAAAACAUGCGUUAUGCAUAAUAUUAAAGUACGUGGUGUCAAAGUUAGUAAAAGAAAAAUGAAAUUUUCAUACUUAAAGACCCAUGGAUUGGACGUCUAUCGCUGUCAAUGGCGUCAAAAAUGCCAGUGUACCCAAGGAGGUGUCCAGUGUCUUUCAUUCUCGAUGCCUUAUCUUAUUUUUGAUUUUUUUGGAUCAACCAGCAUAACAUUUCUUACAGCAAUCAUCCAGCCGCUUGUAUUUUGCACACUGUAAAAAGUCGGGGGCGACGGCAGAUUUUUGUUUUUGAAAAAAGGUUUUUCAUAAAUGCCAAAUUCUAGUUUACUAAAGCGUUUUGCACAAGAAUAAACGUGAUGACGUCACUUAUUUUUUUUUAAAUGAAUAUAUAUAUGUACGUGCAAAGUAUUCACAUUUACUAACGCUAUCUUUUUCCUCAUAGAGUUGCUCGUGUAACCUCCGGCAGAAAUCGACUAACGUGACCUAUCAGUGUUUACAUUAUUUUUUUGACAGAUUUUCAUGUGAUUGUCACGAUCAUCUCAGAGGUGCAAAAUAACAACGUUCAUGCAUUGCUGGCAACGAAAUGAACAGUGAAGCGUUCUUCCGCUUAGGAAGUUGUCUUAGUAAGUGCUUUUUUUUUUUUUAAUUUGGGGGGUUUUAUGCCUUCAUCCGUAUGAUUUUGAACAGAGAAUCAAACCUCGGGAAGCUAACUGCAAAUAAAACAUCUCAACUGUAAGCAAUAGUCAUGCUUGGACGAACAAUAAAUGGUGUUAUUCAUCUGUUUA